UUAUGUUUGUGACCAGCCCCACAUGGGUAACACAACCACUUGUGACCGAGUGUCAAGCCACCUUUUUUGCUAGCUGCCCCUCCAUGCAUUCCUCAAACAUGUCAACACGCAUCUAGUCUACACAGCACCACGAAUCUUGCGUUCCUAACCUAUCCUUUUUACGCCUUGUCCUGAAAUACCAAACUGCCCUAGUCAUUCUCUAUAGUAUCGGUAGCCCAUUGGCGGGAGGCACGCCUUACCGGGUUUUGCCAUGCCUGAUCAAGCUGGACAGGCAGUAGCCGAGAAGGCAUCGGCGCCCACUAACCCUCGAGGGAUUCCUUGUGCACCGUUUGUCGACAAAGUUGAGGAUUAUGUUUCGUCACGCCAAGAAGUCGAGGCAACCCUGCGCAACUUCCAGGAAAUGAUUUCGAAAUAUCAAUUUAUGGAGUUGAACCUGCAACGGAGAAUCGCCGGUCUGAAGGAUAAGAUGCCCGAUAUACAAAAGACUUUGGACACUGUCCGCUUCCUCAAAACGAGAACAAACGAUUCAGACCCAAUUGACACAACCUUUGAACUCAACGACACACUUUACGCCAAGGCGACAAUACCACCCACUGACGAGGUUUAUCUAUGGCUAGGAGCCAACGUGAUGCUGUCAUAUCCCCUCGAUGAAGCGGAAACGCUUCUUACAUCUAAAUUGGCUGCCGCCAAACAAAGCCACUCUAAUUGUGAGGAAGACCUAGAAUUCUUGAGAGAGCAGAUCACAACAAUGGAGGUCGCGAUAGCCCGCGUAUACAAUUGGGAUGUGGUACAAAAAAGAAAGGAGAAAGCCGAGGAGGAUCGCAAAGGGACGGGGUCGAAAGAUGGAGAUGACCAACCUAAUGGAUGACACAGCGGAGACCUACGCGGCCCGAGGAAAUUGGGAUCACGAUUUAAUAGAUGAGAUAGCAAGACAUUAAGGGGGAGCAUCUCGUCAGCCAAUUACCCAACUGUAUCUUAAUCAUGGGCGGGAGGUACGAAAGCAGCUUCAUUAUGUCAUACGGUACUGUAGGCAACAGAUCGACCUAAUGUUAGCACGACCUAUGAUAUCCUGCAACUAAUUUUGACACAGAUAGAAAUCAGUCAACUCUUAUUACAUACAGGUGCACGCUGAACAGAUAUGGACACUAAUAUAUAUAGAAAAUUGAAUUAUAUCAG